CAAGCCGGUCACGUGACCACCACGCCUGACGUCAUUGCAUAAUCACAAAUAUGGCGCUGCGCUCUUACUGUCGACAGCUGGCUCGUUUGAAGCACUGUGUAAAUGACUGUACGAGAAAUGUAUCCGGUUCCAGCUUAUCUUUUGUAAGAAUCAAAUCGCUGCGUGAGUCGGCCGGUGUGUUUGAGCAGUCGAGUCGCUGUGAGAACCGCUGGCACAGAAGGUCAUGGCAUCUGGGCGUCAGUUCUCAAUGCACCGGUGAGAGGCGUCACUCGGACACGGCAGGGUUCAGCAGGUGGACUCUUGCAUGGGGUGUCAUGGCCUUUUCGCUUUUUGGAAGCUCUGAUGAGAGGACUGAGGAACAAAAACUUGAGGAUGAACUUAUUCUGCUCUUGAAGAAAGCCAAGUACAGCAUGAUGACUGGGGAACUGGACGCUGCCAACGUCUUCUUACACAAAGCUGUCAGACUGGCACAUCAGAUGCACAAUAAUGAUGCCAUUAUAUAUACAUACAGCCUGAUGGCGAAUCUUGCCUUUGUCCAAGGUCAGCUGGAUAAUGCUGAGAAGCUGUUUAAAGCAGCCAUGAGCUUCAUGCUGUCAGGGGGAACACCACAGGAUGACAAUGCAGUGAUUGAGAUGUCGCUGAAGCUGGCCAGCAUAUAUGCCACUCAAAACAAGAACGAGUUGGCGGAGCAUGGCUUCCAGUUCUGCACUGAGUCUUUAGAGGCCAAGAUUGAGAAACAGAAGGACCUUCCUCCAGAAAGCCUGUCAGACGAGGAACGCAAAGACACCAGGCUGCUGCUCGGACUCAGUCUGGAUGCCAGGGCACGUUAUUUGGCAGCUAAUCGUCGUUUCACAGGCGCUUGCAAGGAUUACCGGCACGCGCUGCAGAUCUGCCAAGAGGAGCAGGGAGAAUCCCACCCACAGACCCUGGUUCUGUUGAGUGAUCUGGCAACCGUGUUGGACCUGCAGGGGAAGCAUGAUGAGGCAUUGACUUAUGUGAAGAAGGCCGUUGAGCUCGGACAGGCAGCGGGUCACCCUGAUCAACAUGUGCUGCUUGGGAAUAUGGCAGGAAUUCUGAUGCACAAAGGGGAGUUUGAGGAGUCUGGUAAGCUGUAUAAGGAAGCCCUGGCUCUGGCACAUGCAGCAGGAGAUGGAGAGGCUGUUGAGCAGCUUCAGGAGGGGCUGAAAGAGCUGGCCAGCAGGAGAGACGGGCAAACGGAGAGCAAAGCUGAUGAACAGGAGCCCAAGGAAUGAUCCAAACAAAACGCUUAUAAUAUACUUCAGUAGAUCUCAACUUUAGGACAAAUUUAUCAGUGCAACUUUUAAUUCAACAGUACACAACAUACAUUGUCUAAUGCCCUUUUUAUACCUAACCUCCCAUUAGACUUAUUUUGUAGUCUUGCUCUUGGACUGUAAUAAAUGUAUUUAUCUGUAAAAUAGAAUCAGGGAAGACGGAGUGGUGAACUGAUGACUGAGUGAUAAGUCAGAUAUUCUGUACAUCAGGGCAGCUCAUCAUUGGUCUGUUGAAAUAAUGUGCAAUGAAACAUGCAAUCUUAUUUAAAGACAACUUGUGUUAUUGUGUUUGAUGUGAGAAGUGAUUUGAUAAACCUAUGAACAAA